AUGGCAUCAACAUCUGGCAAUCAAUAUGAGCAAGUCUACGAUCGAACAUUCGAUUCGAACCACGAAGACUUCGCGGAUGCUUCUACCCAAGAUGCUUUAAAUGGUGCCGUGAACUCCCCUAAUGUAUAUUCAGAGAACAUGCUUCAGGACCCUGCUCCUGCCUUGGAUAAUGUCGUUCCUGGAUAUGGACAAGGAGCCCCCGUCGUCAUUGGUGAAGCGGUCACGUCACAACCGAAUUCAUCAAGUAUUCCUUCUUCCAAUCCACUACAAACUCGGAACCAGGUACGAUUUAGCACAGAAGAAGACCGGCAACCGCGUGCUACUCGUAUCCGAGUGCGCCCAGAGGGCCAUGGCCCCACUAUCACUGUGUCGCAGCCUCAUCACGUUCCCACUUCAGGUGCCGUUGUAUCCCCCAUAAUGGAAACAGCACAUGAUUCUAAAGGGCUAUUUCGUCCGAAUAAACCUGGUCGCAUUAACCUUGAAGGGCUUCAACCUACUGUGGCUGAGGAACAUGUGGUGCACGUGGACCCCUCGACUGGCUCGCCGGGGCGAACAGGCGCCGUGAAUGUGGAUGGUGCUGAUAUGGGAAGACUUGCUUCAUUGGCUCAUGAACUAGAUGAACAAGGAAGUGAAGCUGUAUCUGAAGAGCCACCCCCAGGGCAAGCUAUUAUUCGUGAAGAAGCCUUUCUCCCAGGGCUUGACACGUUGCCCCAAAACGAACAUCCCAAUUUUGCAUUAAGCAAUAGUGACGGACAGAUUACGCCUGGUGCAACAACAGACAGCAGCGCUGACCCAAUGGAAUCGAUGGAUCAUGUUGACCUGAUUGAAGGCGAGACAGAUGGCAUGCCGUCAAAGCUCCCAAGGUCCAUGCGCCGCAAAGUGAGCGACAGCUCAUUGAAAGGCUGGCAAAAGAUCAAGAAGCUGAUGGGCACAUUUCAUCCUGAGGAGAAUACCGAGGAUAUGGCGGAAAAGGGACUCUUUAGCGAGAAUGCCACCAACAUGAAGAGUGUGCCUGUUAAGACAUCUUCGGGCAUUCGUGGCAUUGGAGGUCGAAAACGACCUGACCCUGUGGAGCGUCAAGCAGCUCGAUUGGUGAAGACACAUAAGCUGCUGAGUGGUGCACCAGCCUCUGACACAAGUGAUGACGACUUACCCAACCUUCCUGGCAUGAACCGAGCACAUCUACCUGAUUCCGAGGCAUCAACUCCUGACGCCCUCGACACGAUGCAGCACCUUGAUGCACGACCUGCCGCUUCAGGAGGUGUGCUGGGGCAGCUUUUGAAAUUGUACGAGCAACAGCGUGAGGCAGAUUCACAGUCGGAAGAUGGUACAUCUGUGGUGGCUGGAGAGCAAGGAAAUAAACCUGAGGAAAUUGGUGGUGGAUUGAACUUGAUGGGCGACAAAGUAGUCGAUGCCUUUGGAAAUGAAGCCCAUCUUUCUGAAGUUGAUCCGGACUUGCUCAGGAAGGCUUCAGAAAAGCCACGUCUGGCAGGACCCCAGACCGGACAGUCUGCAUCCCGUCGUAUGUCGAUGGCUAGUACUGGUUUGAUCAACUUGGCGAAUCAAAACCUAUCGCAGGUGGGAAACAAUCUUGGACGUGUGGGUAACCGCAGCAAAGCGGUAGUCAACACUGUUGCCACUGAUGUCGGCAUUGAUGUAAUGGAUGAGCGACCAAAAGCUGCUCGCUCUGCUGCUGGCACAAUUGGUGCGUUGAUUGCUACGACAGGGAAUCUCGUUGGUGCUGUGAGCCCAUUGCAUGCCCAGUUGGGACCGAACCCAAACCGACCGGGCUAUACAUUGGACCGUUAUCUUCUCCCUGAAAUGGAUGAGAAAACAUUGCGCCGUACAGCUAAGAUCGUGGCUGAAGCAGCACCAGUGCCCAAAAAACUGAAAGUACCGCAGACGCCAGGUGGGCAUCCACUUCUCACUCCUAACACUUUGGCUCGCGUCAGUCAAAGUGACCCUAAUUUUAACCCAUACUUUGGCAAGGCAUCAGACGCAAGGUCAACGGCAGGUCAAUCACAGAUCUCCUCUAAGCGAGCUGCUGAUUUUGCAAAGCAAUCUGGCGCUACUAUAUCUCAUGCAGGAAAACAACUGCUCCAUCUUAAGCGACCACCUACAUCUGCGUCUGAGGAUGGCGCCGACUACUUUACAAGAAUGAACCCUGAGGAAGUGGCCAAGAAAGAAUGGCAGCGGAAGCUUCGUCGUCGCAAGGCGAAAAGCAAAAAACAAGAAAUUUUCAUUACUAUGCAUGUGGCGGCCAUUCUUAAACGUCAGGAAUUUCUUCUGAAGUUGUCUCGUGCACUCAUGAUGUUCGGUGCACCGACACAUCGCAUCGAAGUUCAAAUCCAGCAGACUGCCAAUGUUCUGGAAAUUAAUUGCCGGUGUGUUUACUUCCCUGGCCUCAUGCUCUUGUCAUUCGGUGAUGAGAACACGCAUACAUCAGAGACUAAAAUUAUCAAGCAAGGCAGUGUUGUUGAUUUGACAAAACUUACUGAUAUGCAUACCAUUUAUUGGAAUGUCGUGCACGAUAAGAUUGGAGUGGAACAAGCAUCCAGGCAGCUUGAUGCGCUAAUGCGACGCAAGCCUCUUAUGCGCAAGUGGCAGCAUGUACUUGUGGGUGGAUUGGCAUCUUCGUUCAUUACAGUGGGUACAUGGGCAUUCCAAGGUUCUCUUCUCGACGCUUUCGCCGCUUUUGCUCUUGGCGCUUUCAUGUGCUUUUGGCAGCUUACCAUCACGUCAGAAGUCUACUCGAAUGUGUUCGAAAUUGUUUUUGCCACAAUAAACUCAUUUAUCGCAAUGGCUCUCCAUCGAAUUGGGGCCAUACACACCAUAAACUGGGACGCAAACAGACAACAAUGGACCAAUAAUGUGGAAUAUGGAAGGUAUUUCUGCUACCAGUCCGUGAUUGCUGGCUCUAUUGUACUGAUUCUUCCUGGUUUUAUUGUGCUUACGGGUGCCUUGGAGCUCCAGUCUAAGAGCAUUGUGGCAGGCUCUGUCCGUUUGGUCUAUGCUAUUAUUUAUUCAGUCAUGCUGGGUCUGGGCAUUAUGAUUGGUGCGCUACCGUUGGUACAGUCAGGCGACGCCACCGUGGACAGCACUACGUGUGGUGCCCGAACCUUCCCACAAUUUGCCCACUGGUAUAAUACACCACCAGGAGGUAUAGCGCUUUCGUCACCGGACAGUGACGGGCACUUAUACCGCUCACUUGCUUGGGCGUUCCUUACUGUACCAGGCUACGCUGCUCUUUUGUCUUUGAGGAACCAGGCAAAAGUGGUUCGGAAAGAAUUCCCCGUCAUGGUAUUUAUCGCUGUUUGUGGUUGGGUGGUCAGCAAUUUCGCUGUCUUUGCCAACGUGCCAUCUGCGUUGCAAAGUCACACAUACCUUUUCUCUGCCAUGGGAUCGUUCACAGUGGGCACUUUGGCUAACAUCUACGGCCGCAUUUUUGAUGGACGCAGCUUUGUUGUUGCCGUUCCUGGUAUUCUUUUCCAGCUGCCCACUGGUAUGUCUGGACAAGUCACGUUGUACAGCUUUGCGAACCUGAAAACCAACGACUCUUCAGCGGUAGUAACGCAAGGUUUUCAGAUUGGUGCUACAUUGCUCAAUGUAUCAUUGGGUAUUGCGAUUGGUCUAUUUGCGUCAUCACUAUUGAUGUUUAUGCUAGGAGGUCGCAAAGUUCGUGUCGGUGGAAUGUUCUCUUUCUAA